AUUAAAUGUGUCAAUAGGGAAGCCAUUUUGUUACUACACACACAAGUUUUGAAUAAGUCGCACGAACUUUCAGAGUAUAAAAGUACCUGCUAAUUUUCUACAAAACACUGUGCUUUGUUAAUAUAUUUAACGAUCUCAUCGGUAUUUCCGUGAAAUAAAGUGAUAAAGAGUGAACAAAAAUUUGUAUAAAUCACCUUUCGUGGAGGAAAAAUUAAUGUUUUCCUCAUGCGAAUGAUACGAUGUUGUGUUUACUUUUUUGAAUAGAUCGGUCAAAAGAUUAAAAAAAAAGAUGUUUUGCUGUUUGAGAAAUUGUUUUGAUGGUAUUGGAUUCACAGCAAACCAAAUUCCAAAAAAAGAACCAAAUCCGAUUACUUUGGAUACUACUCAUAUGGGACAUGAAGUAGUUAUAGUCAGAAAAGGUUUAAGAGUUUGCGGACGUGGUGGUGCCUUAACAAAUGUACCUCUUGCCCAAAGCAAGAGUUAUUUUGAAGUUAAAGUACAACAAAGUGGAAUAUGGGCUAUUGGAUUAGCUAACAAAUCUACAAAUCUUAAUACUGCGAUUGGAGGAAGUGACAAUGAAAGUUGGGCUCUUAAUUCCGAUGGCAUUUUAAGGCACAAUCAACAAGAGUUGCACAAGAUUCAAAAUCCUGUUCAAGAAGGAGAUAUUGUUGGAGUAUCCUAUGAUCACAUAGAAUUAAAUUUUUAUGUUAACGGAAAAUCUUUGGAAGCCCCAAUCAUUGGUAUCAAAGGCACUAUUUAUCCUGUGCUUUAUGUUGACGACGGAGCUAUACUAGAUUUAAUUCUGGAUAAUUUUACUCAUCCUCCACCAAUGGGUUUUGAAAAAAUAAUGGUAGAACAAUCGUUACUUUAACGAUACACACAAUGUGUAUAAUAUUGAAAUGGCUAAUUAUCAGACAGUUUUAAAUUGUUCACUCAAAGUACAUUUUGUCCAUUCUAAACGCGAACAAAUGUUGCGAUAAUUAUAUAUAAUUCUAUCUGCAGUUAAAGAUUAUAUACAAUAACAUGAAUAAAAAAUCUUUAUUAUAAUGUAAUAUAUAUAUAUGUGUGUGUAUAUAUAUAUAUAUAUAUAUAUAUAUAUAAUUUAAUUAGCAACUGCAAAAUAAACAUUUUGUCUAAUACUUACAGUUUCAUUUUUUUAUUUCGCGAGUAUAUUAAUAGUUUAAUAAUCUUAUUAGAAGUAAAUCUGUGCAAUUUGUUGAGACCUUCUUAGUUUUAUUAAAAUUAAAAAGUUUACAACAUUCAUUUUAGAGACAAAGUUAGCAGUAUACUUAAACUUGGUAUACAUAUAUUCCAUAUUUAUUACUGUUACUAAACUUCCAAUUUGGUUGUUUAGCAACAGAGAGUUUAAUAAAUCAUAAUAACAAUAUAAUAUGUAUGCCUCAUGUAUAUAUGUAAUCGUACAAUAGUAGAUUGAUCAUUAAUUAUUAUUAAUGAUGUUUUGUUUACUGCACACGCGAAAUUAUUUACAUAUGUAUGUGUAUCAUGUUUACACGAAUCUUUAUGUAUAAUUAUUGAUUUGUAAUGAAAUAACGGUAUGAUACUAUAUACACUGAUAUUACUAAUAAAAUACCAACAUCUUAGGCCUAUUCUUAUUUGCUUUAAUGGGCUAGUGUCAUGGCUUUUUUCAUUGACAAUAAAUUUAUAACAUAUUUAGAUACCGAAAAUUUAAAACAUUAAAGCUAAUUUUUGAUCCAAACUAAUAUAUUGAGUAUAUAUGCGUAUCUUUAUAUAUAAUUACAUAAAUAUUAAAAAUAAUUAACAAUCCCAAGUAAUGCACAAAAAAUUUUAACCUUAAUUGGUUUUCUUUACAUAAUACACUAAAUCUUGUUACAAUUACAAAGAAAUUGUAAGACAUUAGUCGAAAGGCAAUUAAUAAAAUAUGAGAUUUUCCAAAAUUAAGGAAACUGAUAAAAUUUGUUAUUAAUUUUGUUAUUAAUAUUGUGUGACACAGUUAUUAAAUGUUAUAAUUAUCCCAAAUGUCGGUAAGAAAUAACUUUGUUUAUACAGAGUAAUAUAGAAUUAAUGAUUUGUAUUAUAAUGAGAUAAAUUCUUCGAUGCAUUUAGAAAUGCAACCUUGCAUUAAAUUUGCUUUCUGCUUACUGUACAUAUAAUGAGCAUUUUUUGUGUCACAUAUAAAAGGUUGUUUUUAUGAUUGUACUGCAAGCAUUUUAAAUACUUGCAAAACAUAGUAAAUCUUUGGUCCUUAAUAUUAUUUUUAUGAAAAUUAUAUGUUUAUGUAUUUCUAUAAAUUAUUAUGUAUUUUUAUAAGUAGGUCAUUCGAUUGAAAACAAUGUGCUUUUGUAAUAACUUAAGUUAGAGCUAUAUACAGAGUUAUAUCUAGCUAAAUUAAUAUUGAGAUUAAUGAAAUCUAAAUUUAAAAAAAAGAAACCAAGAAAUCGUUGUAUGUUACUUAACCCUUUCUUACUCGUGACUCUGUAUAUGACUCUUAAUAUGAGAGAUAUAUAAAUUAUAUUGUAAAAUACACAUCACACAAAUUUACAAUUUA